AUUCCGAAUCGCUAAAUUUAUUAAUUUUCCUUCUCUUAAAUAUCCACGAAUUUUGAAUGCGUUGAAGGAGAAGAAGGCAUAUACGAGGGGAUUAAGUUACAGCAGCGGGUAUGGCGAUAUCUGAUGCAGUGAUUGGGAAUUUGACGCCGAUCUACGUGGCGGUGAUAGCUGGGAUUAAGGCUUAUGGGCUGGUCACUGGGCGGAGCUUCAGUGGUGUGUUCGUGCUGAUUGUUUCCACCGCCGUGGUGGGCGUCAUCCUGAUUGGAACGCUGACGUGGGACGUCUUACGUAAAGCCACAUACGCGGUCUCCCGCGACCACGUGCAUGUCCACGAGAUGUGUAAGGGCGGCAUCUGCUGGCACGGCGUGGCCGUCCGGUCCCCAGCUUCCCAGGUUCGGGUCCGGCUUCCUCAGCAACUUGCUUCCGGUUCUCUGUAAAGUAGAUGAAACCCAGCCAGGCUUCAAUUUUCUUUACCUAUCAAAAGACUCGUAAGGUGUUUGCGUUUUUGAUUGAGAGGAAUAAGAUACUGUGUAUAAACCAUAAAAUAAUGUAAGUGGAGAAUAUAUUUCUGUACAGAUAAUUCUCUAUUCCACUUUGGGGUUUUUCAGUUCAAUCGUUGUUCGGUCAAAAGUUGUCUUUGAAUUGAAAGUGGAGGAGAGCAUUUAGUUUGUGAGAUAUUUUUUUGCAGCAUCUACCAAACGGGGGAAUGCAUGUAACUCUAGAAACAAGAUUUCCUAGAUUUUCAAAUCCCUUUUGGAUAUUUGGAAGACAAAGUUUAGAGUUAGGUAGGAAAAGGAUAACAGAUUUCAAUCAAAACACUGAUGAAAUUUGUCCGAACUGAUGAGUAAAUUAGCAGAUGGUUAAGUCUAACAUCUGACUCUGUUCUUUUGGUUUGUCUGUUUUAGAACAGUUAUUGUUCUUUCUUUAGCAAAUUCAGGUUUUGUUUGGUUACUGGAGUCUUGUUUCUUAUGUCUGCUUUGGAUAUGAAUGAAAAGAAGGAAGCAUCCAAUGAAGAGGAUUGCAUUGG